CCCAAAUAAAAAAACACCCAAAACUGUUUUCCCAUGCGCCUUGCAUUUUCCCGAGAAAAUUAAACAAAUUUUACCAAGAAAAAUGAUUCGAUCCUCGUGAAAAAAGAACUCUAAACGGUCGAUACCCUGUACCAUGAGGUCGAUCUAUGACCUCUUUUUUAACUUACAAAAUCGGAAGCUUUCCUCUUCAAUUCUUUCAUGGACAAUCGAGAACAAGAAGACCGAGACAGAACCCUAAUUACCGGCCCGAAGCAAAUCAACACCGAACAUGAAAAUUUGCAAGUAAUUGAAUGGGAAGAUUUCGAGAACGAGCUAGCUAGAUUGUGGAGUUUAAGUUCUGCCCUCAAGGAAGCUAAUGAGAAGAAGCGAAGUCUUCAAGAGAAGCUCCAGUCACUCAUUCAGGUAAAAAAUGAGUCGUUGAAUAAACUGAAUGAUCUUGAGGAAAUGCAUGAGAGACUAGAGGCAAGAAAACUAGCGAUGGCAAACAUGUCAACUCAUUGCAAAGUUACAACAGAGGAUGCUAAAAAAGAGGAGGAAAUGCUUAGCACUGAAGUGAGAUCUUUGUUGGUUUCUGGUACCUCUCUUUCUGUAGCAAGGAAGCGAUUGCAGGAAGCAAAUAGAUUACUCACUGAAGAAAGGGGUUAUGUUAAACUUAAAAAUGUGCAAAGGAAGCUUCGAGGAAGGCAACAAUAUAUGAUAUCACAAGUUUCAUUACUCUAUCCUGUAAAGAUCUUGGUUGGACCCGCACAAGAGCAGGAACUUGAGUCCUAUUCUAGCAGUAGUAGAUUAGGGAAUUCUUCUGCAUCUAAGCCCGUUAGUCAAGGGUCCUUGACGAUUUUAGGUCUCAAUCUCUCCAUGCUUCCUUUUACAAAGAUGAGUUUUUUCACCAACAAAAAGGAGGUUCAGAGAUCUGCAAGUGCCUUAGGAUAUGUUGCACAUGCUGUUCCACUAAUUGCAUCGUAUUUACAAGUUCCUUUGCGUUAUCCUCUGUGCUUGGGUGGCUCUCGCUCAUAUAUUAUCGACCAUGUGCCUUCAGUAGAGCCUGCAUCUUCUCAUUGGUCAUCGAAUACAGCGCUUUCAGCACAUGUAAAGCAAGCAGAAUUUCCACUGUUUUUAGAUGGUCAAGACAUAACGAGAGCAGCAUAUGCUGUAUUCUUGUUAAACAAGGAUAUAGAGCAACUUUUGAGUUUCAUCGGGGUCAAGAGUUUAGGACCGCGACAUGUUCUGGCAAAUUUGAAGGAGCUUCUAAGGUCUGUCCAAUCUUCAGAAUAUAUCGAUACCUGAAUUUCGAUUUUGUUGGAUCAACUGUAAUUAGCUAUUUAAUACGAUACGAAUGAACAACCCGGUUUUCUUUACACACACGGCACGGGUGCGGAUUUUUUACCAACCCCAUUUUACAAGAAAGAAACCUUGAAAAGAU